UCCAUAAAAAUUUUAAAAACUCACCAGGAAUACUUGGUGGUUUUCUGUAGUCAUAGUUAGAAUUAAUCACAUUUUAUCUGAUCCUAUGUUGUCAGGAUUCAAAAACCUUAAUUUUUAAUUUAAUAUCAUUUAAGCAAAAAUAGUCAAGCAACUUGAUGAAAUGUUUGAUUAGCAAAACAUCCAUGAAUCUUGAUUAUAUCUGAGGCCUGAGCCAUUAGUUUAACAAAGCACUGAAAUGACACUGCUAUUGCAUUACCAAAAAGCUUAAAUACUUGUAGCAGGGGGACUACUAGGUAUAUAAGGGUUUGUGUUUUUCUUCUUUUUUUUUUUCCCAACUUUUAAAAUUUUAUCAUUUUUUAUUAAAUUUCUUAACAUAAUUAGGGUACAGAUUUAAAGCAAAAUUAUUUUUUCCUUACUAGGAAGCAAAAAGCUGCCAUUCUGGUGUAAUCUUAUCAUACCAUUCUAACAUGAGCCUGGGGCCCUCACCAAAGUCUUGAAAUAUACUUGCUUUUUUUCCAAGAUCCUGAAUGAAAUAUACUUUUUAAAGAAACAUUUUUUGAAAACCCCAGUUGGCCCAAGGACCAUUUUCCAGAGUUCCACCCUUGGACUUUUUACCCAUGGUCAUAUUCUUAUCUGGGGUUAUGGUUAUUAAGCCAGUAUUUUAAAAAAAAAAACCCUGAUUUUGUUCACUUUUGUUUUCCUAUACAAGAAUCUUUACAGUCAACAUGUACUUCUAGAUGCUGUAUUGAAAUUGCUGGCAGAGUCUAUUCUAUACAAACUGAACAAUCUGGCCCCUUGUUUUAUUUGUAAAGGUUCAAUGUAUCUAUGCCUGCCUACUUCAGUCUGCAAGGGAGUGUCAGAAAGGCCCCGCAUUCGCCGAGCCGUGAGUUAUCACUAACUUUUCAGAUGUGUUAAUGAAUGUGGAACAAAAGCAGUUGUGUUUAAAAGGAAAAAAGGACCAUCAAAAUAACCUUUAUUAUAGUAGCAGGCGUGAACACUAAAUGGAUUAUUCCAAGUUAUAUCAAAAAUAACCUACUAGAGAGUAGCUUCUAGAAAACCUAUUGUUGAACUGCUCUGAAGCUAUCAUUUUACUUGUUAAUUGCUGUUCUUAAAACUUUAUAUACCCUCGUUACAAAUUAGAAUGUUCUUUAAAUCUUUUUAACCAUGUUAAAACAAUUUGAACAAAAUCUUACUCCAUCAAUAAAAGAAAGGAUUUAGCUGAAUUUAGUUAAGCUCUUCAAUAUAAGACCACAUGAAGGGGUAAAGUUUUAACCCUUUUUGUUAUUGACAUAUAGAAAUAUAAACAUUAAAUUUAAAUGAUUGAAUCACUUAUAGAUGAAAGUUUUUGGAGUGCUCCAGGCAUCAUGUGAAGUAUGGAGGUAUUUACAAUAUCUUUUGGUACCAGUAGUUCUUGCUUCAGUAAUUCACCAGUAGGUUUUCAUUCACCAGUGGUAUCAAUUUAAGGCUAAAAUAAAACAUCUACAUUUCUUAGGGCUUAAUCAUUCUGUAUAGGAAGAGCAAACAUCCUUUAAGUUUUUCUUUUGUUUUUCCAAAGAGAUUCUAAGCAAAAAAAUUGUAACUAACAUCUGUAUUUUGUUAUUAGUGCUAGUUACUUUUCUUUUUCUUAGACUCUUCAAAGUUUUUGAACAGAUAGCCAUAUUUGAUAAACAGGUUGGAUACUUAAGUUGCUUAGGAGGUGUAUUGUGUUAUAUGAAGACAGAGUGAAUUUAAAUGUACCCAGUUUGGCAAUAUAUAGCACAGACUACAUAAAACUUGGAGAUAUGGAACCUUUGGAGGCAUUAAAGUUAACGUUUCAUGUAGGCAAUGUGCCUUUGUUUGACUGGUGUGUAAGUCCUUCCAGGUUUGUACGCUCUUAAAUGCAUUAUUCUACCCUCUCUUAACUCCUCCCAGCAGCAAAAGGGAGACACUUCAGCUGGAACAAAAUAGUGGAAGAAAUGGCGUCUGGGGUUCAGUGGGGAUUCGCAGUGUGAGAUACUACUCGUCAGCGAAUCAAAUUCAGUGAUGACAGAGUAUGCAAGAGUCACCUUCUCAACUGUUGCCCCCAUGAUGUGCUUUCUGGAACUAGAAUGGAUCUUGGAGAAUGUCUGAAAGUCCACGACCUGGCUUUAAGAGCAGAUUAUGAAAUUGCAUCCAAAGAACAAGACUUUUUCUUUGAACUUGAUGCCAUGGAUCAUCUACAGUCAUUCAUUGCAGAUUGUGAUAGAAGAACAGAAGUGGCUAAAAAAAGAUUAGCAGAAACUCAAGAAGAGAUCAGUGCUGAAGUAGCAGCAAAGGCAGAACGUGUUCAUGAGUUAAAUGAAGAAAUUGGAAAAUUGUUAGCCAAGGUGGAACAAUUAGGAGCUGAAGGGAAUGUGGAAGAAUCCCAGAAAGUCAUGGAUGAAGUAGAGAAAGCACGGGCAAAGAAGAGAGAAGCAGAGGAAGUUUAUCGGAAUUCUAUGCCAGCUUCCAGUUUCCAACAGCAGAAGCUUCGAGUCUGUGAAGUCUGCUCUGCCUAUUUAGGUCUUCAUGAUAAUGACAGACGAUUGGCUGAUCAUUUUGGGGGUAAACUGCACCUGGGAUUUAUUGAAAUAAGAGAGAAGCUUGAAGAAUUAAAGAGAGUUGUAGCUGAGAAGCAGGAGAAAAGAAACCAAGAACGCCUGAAACGAAGAGAAGAAAGGGAGAGAGAAGAAAGGGAGAAGCUGAGGAGGUCCCGAUCACAUAGCAAGAAUCCCAAAAGAUCCAGGUCCAGAGAGCAUCGCAGACAUCGAUCUCGCUCCAUGUCACGGGAGCGCAAGAGGAGAACUCGAUCCAAAUCUCGGGAGAAACGCCAUCGCCACAGGUCUCGCUCCAGCAGCCGCAGCCGCAGCCGCAGCCACCAGAGAAGUCGGCAUAGUUCUAGAGAUAGGAGCAGAGAACGCUCUAAGAGGAGAUCCUCAAAAGAAAGAUUCAGAGACCAAGACUUAGCAUCACGUGACAGAGACAGGAGUUCAAGAGACAGAUCACCUCGUGACAGAGAUCGAAAAGAUAAGAAGCGGUCCUAUGAGAGUGCUAAUGGCAGAUCAGAAGACAGGCGGAGCUCUGAAGAGCGUGAAGCAGGGGAGAUCUAACUAGCGGUGUACAUAUCUUCAAUCCUUAAGCUUCCCGUGGAGUUACAUACAUUGUUUAGUUUACAGCUGUUCAGGGUGACAGUGAGCAGAUCCCAACACCGAGCCAGCUAGGCUAGAUGGACAGUAUCUAAGUUGAUCUGAACUGAACCUGUUUUCCUUGUUGAAGCCUAAAACUACAUCCAUAGUUUCUGGUGAACCUAUAAUACCAUUCUGAAAGUACCGUUUUAUAUAAUAAGACACUGAUCUCUUUAUUCUUUCAAGUAGGAGUGAUAGUGAACAAAUUGUGUUAUUUGCCUUGGGAUUUUCUGAACAUUUGUAAAAUGCUGUCUUCCUUUCCAGUCCAAACAGCAGCAGUUUGGCAAUUGUUCUUUUUAAUUAUUCUUCCUCUAACUUUUGUAUCCCUGAAUACCUGCACCCUCCAAUCCUUAGAGAAAAGGGGACAGGGAAGCAAUAUAGCUUCUGUUCAAAGAUUCUGUUCCCAUUAACUUGCUGAUUACAGUUCAGAGCAUUUAUACUGGAAUGUGUGCUGGAGAAAUGGAUAAUAUUGGGGUUUUGUGUUUGUUUAACGGUGCCUAUUUAGAGUUGGAAGUUGAACAGCUGUUGCAUUACAUACUUUUUGCUUUUUAUUGAAAUUUUGAAAUCAAACUUGUCUUGAUUUUUCUGUUCUAUUGAAUUGCUAUGUUCAGGAUGUUCUGCAGGGGGUGGGGGCAGGGACUCUUUCGUAAUAAGCACUUGUUUUAUUUUGUGUGUGUGGAGUAUAAAGACUACACCCUUAUUGUAAAAAAAUAAUAAUAAAAUGAAAGAAACAAUCACCACCACCAUUACCAAACUAACUUGUCUAGUACAUUGUCACUAGAUCUGUGUGCUGUGGACAUUUCCUGUAUUCUGUUACAUGAUUAAUGGUGCCUUACUGUGCCAGGCACUAAAGGAAAUACUCGCAAAGAUUCCAGAUGAACUAUUGCUCCACCUGGGCCCCUUGCUGACUGUAUUCCAGCCACUGUAGAGGAGAACUGGACCUGCAGAAGAAAUUGGGGCAUUUUGUUUGUUUUUCUUCUCAUUCAACAAAUUUAAAUAAAAACAGUGUAUAUGUAA